CAAGCGGCGUAUAGCAAAAAAAAUGGAGGCUUAGGUAAGCGGUAUCAACACGAGCUAUAAAACGCUAUUGUCUCUCUCCGGUCUGUGCAUCUUUUGUUGCUUUGUAACGAGUGUCUGCAGUUGCAUCGCUAAAGCUUACAAUUCCUAGUUGAAGACGAUUGAUAACAUGACUGAAACCGAGACGAUUCAUUCAAGUAGUCGGCAGAGGAAUGGAGAAGCUAUGGCCGAAUCAAUGCCGGUAGAGGAUGCUUUUGGUGACAGUCAGAAGGAGAAAGAAGGUCCGACACUUCCUGGACAAAUUGUGUGGAGAAACGUCGUUUUAAUGUUGUUGCUGCAUAUCGGAGCACUCUACGGGCUGGUUACUAUUCCAGCGGCUUCUGCUCUAACCUUGGUUUGGACGGGGGUGUGCUUCAUGAUAAGUGCCCUGGGAAUUACGGCGGGGGCCCAUCGGCUGUGGAGCCACAGGUCCUACAAAGCCUCGAUGCCUUUACGAAUCUUCUUAGCCGUUGCAAAUUCCAUGGCCUUUCAGAAUGAUAUCUUUGAGUGGGCCAGAGACCAUCGUGUUCACCACAAGUAUUCGGAGACUGAUGCAGACCCACACAACGCCACACGUGGCUUCUUCUUCUCUCACAUCGGCUGGCUCCUGGUGCGCAAGCACCCUGACGUCAUCGCCAAGGGGCGCAAGCUCGAUCUGAGCGACCUGAAGACUGACAGAGUUGUGAUGUUCCAGAGAAGGUAUUAUAAGCUGUCUGUGGUUGUCAUGUGCUUCCUCAUCCCCACGGUGGUGCCCUGGUACUUCUGGGGGGAGUCUCUGUUAGUGGGAUUUUACCUGGCAGGCCUGCUGAGGUACACGGUGGUCCUUAACGCGACCUGGCUGGUCAACAGUGCAGCCCACAUGUGGGGCAUGAGGCCCUACGACCAAAACAUCAACCCAAGAGAAAACAAGUUUGUCGCCUUCAGUGCUAUAGGAGAGGGAUUUCACAACUACCACCACACCUUCCCUUAUGACUACGCAACCAGUGAGUUUGGCAGCCGGCUGAACCUGACCAAAGCCUUUAUUGAUUUCAUGUGCUACCUCGGCCAGGCCUCAGACUGCAAGAGAGUGUCUCAUGAAACCGUUAUGGCUCGAGUUCGCCGCACAGGAGACGGUAGCCACAAGAGUGGCUAAGCGGUUUGAUUUGUUUUCAAAAGCCCCCCAAAAAAAAAGAAAAAACAAGAAAAUAAAAAAAAAAAAAAUUAAAAAUAGUCAUGAAAUGGCCAAAACAAACAUGAAAACCUAUUUACAGAGCUUAUGACUAUAUAGUGAGAUCCUAAGUAACAUCUCUGCUCUUUCUUUGAGAUAAAAGAGAAAACGUCAGACUAAUAUUGGCUAUAUGACUUGUGCUCCAUUUGUGUUUAUAUAUUAUAGAUCCGUAUGAGGUGAUUUUACAGAGCUUGAUAUGACAGCGUUACUCCAGGCUCUCGGUCUAAUUCCAAGCCAGGGGCUGACACUUCUUUUGUUAAAACAUUUGUGUGUCUUUUAAUGGCACCCUCUUGUUAGCAGUUCAGUGUCUAGGGAUGGCACGUUCUGAUUAUACAGUGAAGUACAGCUUGAGUGGCGUUUGUGUACCAUUCCAACAAGCUAUGCAAGCUGUAAAAUGAACACGACAUAUGUGCUUUUAAUCUCUUUUGGCACCUUUUUUGAUUACAUAUAAGUGGAUAAAGUUUUUUUUUUUUCUUAAGAAACUAAACUUUGACAAGCUUUGAAAAUAUUUCAUAUUUUAUAUCUUAAAAAUUAGUCCUCAGCUAAUGAUCAGGAAUUCUUUGAAUCAUCUAUGUCUACUCGGAAUGCUUGAGAAAAAAAGAAAAGAAGAAAUCCUUGAAGAUUUAAAAAAAAAAAAAAAAUUCAACAUGACAUAAUCAAAUUUUUGCUUUCUUGUGACUGCCACGGUUCUUAUUUAGUUCUUAUUCAAUUUAAAGUAGGCACUUUCUUUCAAAACAGAGUAGCAUACAUAAAACAAUGUAUACUCUUCAACUACCAUUGUUUAAACAGCAAGAUGUUACCAUACAGUUAUGUUGCAUGAAUAGAAUUUAAGUCUCCCGUACAAUGCGCUCUGAGUGAGGUGUAUGUUUUUGGAUUAACAGAGUGAGAACCUUUGGGAUUUCGGUUCCUUGCCUAACAUUCUCUGUGUUGUAUACCUCUUGAUAUUUGGCUUAAAUGCCUGUGAUUUAAGUGGCCCUGUUAAACCUUGUGACAACAAUGACAGUCGCCUCACACAGAUACCAUUGCACUGAAACUUAAAAAAAGAGCUUUUAAAUCAUAUUAAACAAAUUAUUUUGUUGUUCUGUUUACAAAGUAACAUUAGCAGUAUCUAACCUAUUUCCACUCUUACACUUCAGCCCAGAGGAUUGACUGAUCAGAGAAAACAUGACAACAUAGUUACUUGUAGAACGUAUUUAAUGGCAAGUACAUCAAGAGUCCGUUCUUGGUAUCUUUUACAUUUGGAUACUAGUCUGCUUUUCGUUUUUGCAAAAUAAAAAAAGCCAAGAAUGGAGAAACAAUAUUGUUGUCUUCAGAAUAUCAUGAUAAAAAAAAAUAUCAAGUCAGGACAUUGACCCAAGGCCUUAAGGACAAUAUUUAUAUACCCACAGAGAAACACGUUAAACAAAAAGCUACCACACGUCCGCUUAGAUCGUGGUUUUAAGUUGAUUUAGAUCAAGUGACAAACCUCCUUUUUUGUAAUUAGAGAUAGGAUAGAUUUGGAUAAAUGUUUUAUUGUUCCAAGUUUGAGUUAGCACCAUAUAAAGUACUCUACCAAAUGUCUUAAAAAAAUGACAGGUGACAGGUAAUGUUAGCACUUAUUUGACUAAAGAAUGAAUUUAUGAUGAAUUUAUCAUGGAUUUAUCUCCCUCAAGAUUUUCCAUAAUAGAGAAACCUUUUGUUUGCUUGCAUGAAAACAACAAAAAACAUGUAUUACAAACUCAUUCCUUAAAGUGUAAUUAAAUUUGUUACUUUUACAGGAAAAAUAAAUAUUUUUACAGUGUAGACCUCUUAACGUCUUUGAGCCUUAAAAACUGGCACAUUUUACAAGGAAUGUUCUUUUCAUUCGAUGUACCAUAGAAGGAACUCAAUUUUCUACAUGUAGCAAGGAUUUUUCAAAUUGUGCUGUGAGUUUUGUUAUGAACCUGUAUUAAUCUCUUUUCUUUUCUUUCUUAAUUUAAUAAAAUGUGUAUAUCUGA